GCGGGGCACUACUGACACGCUUCCAACAUUGCUGGAUGAAAACAUCUCCAGACCUGAGUGGAGGGCUGUUCUUCUCCAGAAGGACAGACGGCACAACGCCCUUCCCUGGUCUCCCAGAUGGGUUCCCAGCAGCUGUGGCCCCUUUGGCUGGUCCUGCUUCUCAGCGUGUCCAGCCUGACCCCUUCAGCCCUGCCACACAAGCCCGAAGGACCAAGCCCCCCCAGAGAGGACCCGGGCUGUGAGGCGUACCAAAGGGACGUCUGUGGGGUGUGUGCGGGUAACGGCUCGUCCUGCACUGUCAUCAGCGGCACCUUCUCCCACUCCUUCCUCUCCAUCGGCUAUCACAAGUUCCUGGAGAUUCCAGCCGGAGCCCAGCGCAUUAAGGUGGAAGAGACCCCCAAGAGCAGGAACUACCUGGCAAUACGCACCAGCACGGGUGACUCCGUGAUUAACGGGAAGUGGGCCAUCGACAGACCGGGCGUGUUCUUUGCUGCGGGGACCCAGCUGGCAUAUCGGCGACCCAACGAGAUACGCAGCAAACUGGGAGAGCUGAUCACGGCGCCGGGACCCAUUUCCGAAGACCUGCAUGUAUUUAUAAUCUACCAGCAGCCGAACCCCAGCAUUCAUUACGAGUAUCUCCUCCCAAGAGAAGAUGGCGUCCUCGGCACGCAGGAGGUCCCACUCUCUGGCAACCUGCCUGUCGAGCCUCCAGGCCUGAACCCAGUAGACGAGCAAAGCCUUGUUCCUCCUGACGCCAAUGAGAAAGAAAUCCACCCCAAUCAGGUUCCCUCCGAAGCCGCCUCUCCUACCAGCGAUGGCAGUAACGGCCAGCUCCACCCUGACCCGCUCCCCCCAUAUGGAUGGAGACCCAUCGGAACCACAACUUGCAGCGCCACCUGCGGGACGGGCCGCCGGCAGGUUGUAUUCGGCUGUGUAGAGCAUCCGACCCAAACGACGGUUCCGGCGGACUUCUGCGAAAGCGCCCAGGAUCCCAUGCCCCAGGAGGAAGAGUGUAACGCACAGCCCUGCCCCGCCUUCUGGGACGUGGGCGAGUGGUCCGAGUGCAGCAAGACGUGCGGCCCCGGACUGCAGCACCGGCAGGUCCUGUGCCGGCAGCCGCUCGGGAACCUCAGUGCCGCCUCUGUGGCACUGCGCCACUGCGGCCACCUGGACCAGCCCGAGACCGUCGUCUCCUGCCAGCUGAAGAUCUGCAGUGAGUGGCAAGUCCGCUCUGAGUGGACUUCGUGCUCCGUGCCAUGCGGGGUCGGCCAGCGCACCCGGGACGUCCGCUGCGUGGACAACCUGGGGGACGUGGUGGUGGACGAGGAGUGUAACAUGAACCUGCGGCCCGAUGACGUGCAGAACUGCGACACGGGGCCCUGCACCCGCAGCUGGUUCUUCAGUCCCUGGAGUGAGAGGUGCUCAACGGAGUGUGGCGAGGGCAGCCGAAGUCGCUCGGUGGUGUGCCUGACCAAUCACAUCAGCAGCCUGCCCCUGGACAGCUGCGGGGACGAGAGGCCGGAGGAGCGCACCUCCUGCCAUAUGGGGCCAUGUCAGAAUAAGCCAGAGUGGUACACCGGACCCUGGGGGCAGUGCUCUUCCGAAUGUGGCGACGGGAUGCAGAGCCGUCACGUGAUCUGCCUGUUGCACGGCGACAGCGGCCUUGAGGUCACCGCCUCCUCCAACUGCAGCCAUCUUCCCCGCCCCCCCCGCCAGCAGCCCUGCCGGCUCAAACAGUGCGGCCCGGCGUGGUACGUCACCGAGUGGAGCGCGUGCUCCCGCUCCUGUGAGGGGGGCUACCGCGUGCGGGAGGUCCGUUGCCUUGGCGACGACAUGAAUCCAAGCGAGGGGUGCGACCCCUUCAUCAUGCCGGAGGACCGGGAACAAUGCAACGAGCAGCCCUGCACCCCCGAGAUCGACAUGAACUGCCAGGAUCUAUACUACAACUGCAACGUGGUGGUGCAGGCCCGCUUGUGCGUCUACGCCUACUACCGCACGGCCUGCUGCGCGUCCUGCAGGCGCCUCCGCGAAUCCCAGAGAACGGGGAGGUGAUCCCACCCACACUGCUGCUGCCAACCAAUCAGAAGUCAGAGAGCAUCACUUCCUAAGGCAGGCUGUUUUUCUACAGCUAUCACGUUCGAGCACGGCGAUAAGUAAGACCCUGAACAUUAUUUUCCUCCAGAGAUUUUUAAAUUUCCUUUUUCUCAAUCCAGAGUGACAUUUAACUGUCAGUAAUAUUGCUUUUGAGACUGUUUAAUGCACAUACUUGGUUAUGUAUAUUUUACAAGGAACCAUGAAAAUUUUAAGCAUUAAAAAUAUUGCCAAACCAAA